AUGGCGUCGCAAAUACCUCAAACGAUUGAUCGAGACAUCUUCACCAGAACUAUCACCGGUUCUGUGUCGCUGUCUCGCUUCAUUCACCUCUUGAACGACUCCCCUCACAUUGCCAAAUUCGUCGAAGAACUGUGCUUCGAUGCACACGCCAAUUACGUGGACACGACACUCAAGCCCUGGAUUCACGAGCUCGCCACGAUUCCCGUAAGUCGGCUCACGCGGAUCAGGAGUCUGCGGUUCUCCAAAGUGCGGUGUAUUUGUUUCGAGAAAAACGAGGCACUUCUCAGGACACUCAGGACGUACGCCACAGUCCAGGAAGUCCAUUUCUGCGAAUGUAGCUUUCCAACAUUCAUCGACUUCGAGGUAUUUGUCGCCGCUCUUCCAGCCGUCACGCGUUUCUCUGUCGACCUGAUAACCUGGUCGGUCGCCGACAAAUUGCAUAUCGACCGCAUGAUAGCCGACCCACCGAAGCUGCAGCUGUCUAUUGUUGAGUUUCUCUGGUUUGCGGACCCAGUGAAAUUCUGUUCGUGGCUUCUCAGGAUGCCUAUCCCGCCCACACUGCGGUCGGUGGCGUUUCAACGUGUCAUGCUCGCGGACGCACAGCUGGUGGGCAUAUUCCUGACCAAGCUUGGCCCCGGGCUACGGAAUCUUCGUAUUGGAUGCCGAUUUGACAAGGAUCCGGCGAUGACAAAGUGUACGUGUGACCCUUUCCCUCCAGCGAUGUUCAUAAGCUAA